AUGUGCAAGCCGGUGCGCUACGUUUAUCCUCGCUGCGGUCAUCCCAUCAUCCAAGACAAAUAUGUCUGGUCCGUCGAGCGCUGCCCCUUUGCGCAGUGCACCAACAGGGAUUGCUGGAUUUCCAAUAAUAUUCGCAAGGAUCUGAUCGAGGACACAUCAUGGCCUUUUGACAAUCUCACCGAGCCUUGUCCCUUGUUCCAUGAGCGGGAUGAUUCCGAGACUGCUACUCUGGCUGCUUCCUCUAGCGAUGGCGAUCGAACCUCUAGCUAUGAAACGUGCGACCAAGGCUAUUCGACAGGCGAUCAAGACUCUUCCUGCUACGAGACAUGCCUCGAAUUCAUUCUUUCUGAGCGCUCUACACCGCAGCCUGAGGAGAUGAAUGAGGAGGAAUUGGAUCGCAUGAUUACGGAUAUUCUUUUUCAGGAGGGAUUGCCUACUAAAACGAGCGGCGAAGUCCCCGGCGAGGAAGUUCUAUACACGAACGAGGACAUCUUUCAAUUCGACGAAGACUCUCUUCCCUCAGUCGACCAGUUUCUCCUAGACGAAGAUGAACCGCAUUACUUCGAUACAGGCCUCCCACAGGAAAUGCCCUUCACAAACGAUCAACUCACCUACUACAACAAUGUCGUUUAUCAGACAGGUGGCGAGCUCCCCUUUGCUAGCAUAGAUGAUCAAAUCGAAUGGGAGCAAGUUCGGGCUGUGGAAGAGCCCCUUGAGCAGAACGUUUUUGGACAGGAUUUGGACAUGGAAUGGCGCUUCGACGAAUGGUUCUAA